AUGUUGCAUUAGAAGAACAAAUUAAACAUAAAUCAGAACAACAAAGUAUAGAACUUUGGAGACUAGAAAUUGAAAAAAAUAGUGAUCUUACAUGUAUAAUUCCACAACAAGAAAAUAACAAGGGUAGGCUCUUUGGAUUUACAACCCCUCUUGGAAAAGAAGUUCUUCACGAAGCUACUAUUAUUCUUUUAGACUCAACCCAUAGUAUAAACAAACAUAAGGAUCUUUUAUAUACUUUUCUCUCACGUGAUCCACAAACAGGAAAAGGAAUCACACUUGCUCAUUUAAUAUCCUCACGCAAAAAUACAGAAUCAGUACAAUAUUGGUUUUGUAAUCUUCGUAACCAAUUUCCUAAUUGGCAAGGCCCUUUAGCAUUUUUUGUUGAUUGUGAUCCGGCCCAAAUUAAAGCUCUUAAAUUGGAAUUUCCAGAAAAAGAACUUCUUGAUGAUUUAAAGUUUCUUAUGUAUGCUGAUAAUAUCAACAUUGCUGAAGAAGCGUUAAUAUCUUUUUUAGAAAAAUGGAAAGAUUCCAUAGCUUUUAUCACCUACUUUAAGCAAACCUGGUUAAACGUAAAUGAAUAUGAUAAUUUUUCUGGAGUGAAAAAAACUAUGUGGAUGAAUGCAUACCGAACAGAUGUUCCACAUAUGAAUAUUAAUACUACCAACUUGCUGGAAGCAUGGCAUAGACGUCUCAAGUAUAGUAAUUUCGAAGGAAAAGUAAACCGACGUAGUGAUGUUCUGAUCUAUGAAUUAUAUGUUGUGAUGGAAGGUGAUGCCCGGCGCCAGCGACGGCUUGCAGAUAUUAGAGCUG